AUGAACGGUGUGGAUCCUACUGUGUUGAAUGAUUCGGUGAUAUCUCACAACGUGGAAAGCUCGUUGCAGCUUGUUCUCCAACUUAAGGAUCAUAUAAAGCAUGAACAAGUUGAUCUUCAAUACGCGCAAGGCUACUUCGAUUCUUUACUUCUUGCAUUUAGAGAGCCAAGGCUUUCCAUCCCUGCAUUUUCUACCAUUUGUCAUUUAAUUAAGCGUGUACGGAUUCAAAGGCCUUCUGAUUUGCGAUUGGUUCAUUCUAAGGUGGUUCCCUUUUUGUUCGAAAGGUUAAAGGAGCCAAAGGCUUCCAUACGAAAUGCUUCAAUGAAGGCCAUGGUUACUGUUUGGGAAUCCAUUCCUGAGGAGUUCGAGGUUGAUCUUAAGCAGAGAGGUUUUAAGAACUCGGAUCGUAUCAUUCGUGCUGGAUUACUUGAUAUGGUGGCUGAAAUUGUUAAGAACUCUCCAGAAUUUUCUCUUUUGCCAUUCCUUCCCAGUGUGGUAUGUUUAUUAACCGAUCAGGACCAAACGGUUGUUGAAAGCGCGUCUAAUCUUCUUGUGCUAUACUUCAAUUCCGGUUCUUCGCAAAAUAGCGUUCGCGCGAGAACAGAGCUCGUCAAUCAGUUGUCUUCUCGUCAUGUUACUCAUACCAUGUCUAUGCGACUUCUCUCACGAAUGAAGGAUAGUCAAAGACUCGUGACUCUAUAUAAGAAGAGGCUGACGGGUUCCUCUUCAAUGUCAUCGGAUAGGACUAUGUUUCGUUCCAGCUCUACGUCGGCUGCGCAGCAACACCAACCUCCUCCUCCUUCAUCAUCUUCUGUUUCUUCACUGACUAAUUUGGAAAAAAUCGACUGUAUACUCGCCACGUUUCCGGGUUUUGAGUCUGUUGAACGUCUUCCUGCCCUUAAUUUCACCAGUUCCUCUCAAUUGUUGGAAAGUACCAAGUCGUGGGAUGGUGUUUUCGAAGGUAGAGAGACUGAACAAAACUGGAUUAAAAGAGACAAAAUCGUCAAACAGUUGCAGUCCAUGCUCAGAGGUAAUGCCGUAAACGAUUACCCAGAAGUAUUGGGUCAAGUAAUUCGUAGCUUCAAAAGUUGUAUUUCAAAGGCAGCUUUAUCAUUACGAACAACUCUUUCCAGCGGUACCUGUCAACUUUGUAAAGAAUUGGGUAUGCAUUUGGGAAAAUACUUGGAUGGCUCCACUGUCGAUUAUUUACUUGCAUCAUUAUUGAAACUUACUUAUGCUACGAAGACGAUAGCUCAUCAGAGAGCUAAUCUUGCUAUAUUGAGCUUGAUAAGGUAUGCCAAUAUCAGUCCUCGAAUGAUAAUUCAGAUUCAUUCGACCUCCCAGGACAAAAAUGCCCAACCUAGAAUAUAUGCUGCCUCAUGGAUUGAGAUUUUCCUUUUGAAAUACGCUGGAAAUGCUCAAGUAAUAAAAUCAGCUCAAGAGUAUGUGGAUCAGAUUAUAGAAAAGGGAAUAUGCGAUCCUAUGCCUUCUAUCAGGGAGGCCACUAGGAAUACUUUCUGGACAUUGAAUAAUGUGUGCCCAGAAAACGCUCAGGAGAUACUGGGUACACUUUCUCUGUCCAUGGUGAAAGCACUUGAGAGGUCUCGAGGGGAUUUCGUCAGACGUUUUCCCAGGAGCAGGAAUUUAAGCCAUCUUGCAUCAUCUAAGCAUGAAUUGAAGUCCACCGAACCAAGAAACCCCGUUCGGGUAGCAUCUGAGGACAUGAAGUCUAAGAAGUAUGUGCCUCAGUCUCUUCAUAACACAUCUGGCUCUGCGAUAAGAUCUAUUCCUUUCUCGAGAUCCAAUACUAGACCUCCAUCAAGAUCUGUAUCAGGAUCUUAUUUGAAAACUGGUGUUGGAAGUCGCGUUGCACCUGAAGUCAAGACCGAGAAAAUCAGAAGAGAGGAUGCCAUAUACGACAUGAUUCUAUCUGGCUCUCAGUCGACCCAGUUCAAUGGUAUUGUUGAGCUACUAAAAUGCCGCCCUGGAAAGUUGCCUGUCAAGUUCAGCUCUAUGCUCAAUAAACUUACUAUUACAAAUCCUUCUUCAUUAUUACCGAUUUUUCAAGAUGGGGAGUCUUUCAAGUAUAUGGCUGAUUAUCUUUCCACAGAUAACAUUAUACGAAUGUGCUGUUUCUUUUCAGUAAAAUCACAGCAUUCCCUAUCACAGCUUGAAAUUAGUUUCAUCCUGCAUAGUGUUCCCAUCGAUGAUAUGUGUUUGGGCGUUACUAAUAUCUUGAUGCUGUGUGUUGAUUCUUCGAAGUUACUGGAUCUCAAUCUAUCUAUGCAGUUCGUUAAGUACAAGCAAGAGUUUUCAAAAUCCUGUUUUGAUCUUAUUUCCUCUGUGUUUGCCAACAAAAGCAUUAGGAUAGAGCACCGUAUAUUAAGUUCAGUAUGUGAGGCUUUGCUAAAGUGCUGGGAAUUCUCCGAUCGUACGGAAGGUAGCAACUAUCUGAAUUUAUUGUGUGCUGCUAUGAAUAAGAACAAGCCCAUCUUUCAAAAAUGUUUAAGUCUGGCUGACGAUGAUACGAUGAAGCAAGAAGUUGCUGAAAAGCUAAAAGUUUUCAUUCCAAAAGCUAAUAUUGAUCAAUUUGAAUAUUCGGCAUCUGAUGAAGAGGUCAAUAACUUUGAUGAAUCACAUCUUGACGGAUUAACGAUGGUGGUUCGGAAGGAUAUUGGAAAUAACCAGGUUUCUGACAUCGAAACUGACAUGACAAUGAUCAUGCCAAAAUUCAAGAAAUCUUUGCCGCAGCAGCAGCGACUAUCGGAUGGAUCUGUAAGUAACAACGAGAAUGAGGAUAGAAAUCCUUUUCUUGAUACUGAAAAGGCUGUGACAGUGAAUGCAGCUAUCUCUGUUUGUACCGAUAAUGAUGGUCUGGGGGAUGAAAAAAUGGAUCCUAAUCUAUCUAAGGGAGAUAGCUCAGAUACUACGCCUGAUAUGAAUAGGUUGACAUUGACAGAGGAGACCCUUAAAUUGGAAGGAAAUAAGAAGGAUUCUUCUGCACUGAUUUCUCCUCCUAGGUCGUCGACAGAAGUUGAAUCUAUUCUCGAAUUGGCUGAUCCUCUUGCACCAUUAACGGAUUCUUCUGGAAAGUUUUCAAUAUAUCAGGACAAAUUUGAUUAUAGUAAAAAGAUAGAGGAGUUGGACUCUUGGUAUGAUUUUGCCAGUUUUAGGAUUGGAUAUUUGGAACAAGAAUCGGAUAUUCCUUUUAAACAUUUGUUAGAGAAGAUGGGCCAGGGUUCAAUAUCGACUAAUGAAUUAUACUCUCUUGUAUAUGCCAUUCAGGGAGAUAAAGAGAUUAAGUGUGAUGAUGUUGAAUGUGCUUUGUUGUCCUAUGUGAAUCCGGAGAUUGCUAACGAGUGCUUGUUUGUGAGUCUCUUUUUGAUGAGAUGUUGUAUGAAGAGAACUAAUGGAAGUAGGAAGAAGGAGAUUUUCGAGAAGCUCGUAGAACUAUGCAAGAAGCUUGACGAAAAUGAAGACGAGCUUUACUUUGCUAUACAGGAAACGAUGGAACUGGUUUCCAAUGUUGAAUACUAUGCGGAAAGACUUGAAGAUAAAAGAUCCGAAAAGUUGACCAUACCGCAAACGAUUAUGUUACUGGAGGUGCUCUAUAGCGUGAUGUCGCCAAGUAAGAUCAGCUAUGAGAAUGUUUUCACUUUGGAUAUUUUGUUAUUCAAGAAGUUGAAGUCCAACAAGACGAUGAUCAGAAAGCUAGCGGUGAUGAUCUAUGCUAAAUUCUAUAAAUACAAGGAGAAAUCGAUCAGAAGUCGGGAUGGAGACCAGUUGAUAGACGAUACGAUAUUCAACAAGCUAGAAGAGCCUCAGCUGCAGCUGAUUAAGUGUUUCUCUAAAAAUGUUAAAUAA